CGAGAUACUGCCAAGCCGACAAGAUUGAGACUCAUCCAGUAUGAAUCAAUUUGGCAAUUAUCAAGGCUUUAAUUAGUACCUAUCUUAGGUAUCAUACAUCAUGUGCGCGGCUCCGCACAUCGGCGACGCUGUUUCCUUCAUCCGAGCACUGCAUUCUUGAGUGCCGCCUGCAAGGCGGACCAGACACUUGUGAAACACUCCGAUGUCCAUACCAAGCUUCAUCAACUGCAAACAAUAAUAAUGCCGCCUCCAUCCUCAGCCACGCGGCCCGUACCGCCAGGCAUGGAUGGACGCCUCUGGAUGCAAAUGAAGGAUGCAUUCAAUGACGACCCAAAAGCGCGCCUGCACGCCUCCGUCCGCGACAACGACAUGUCGGCGCUGCGAAACCUCGUCCCUCUGUGCGGCACUGUUGCCCUCGAGCUCAACUACUGCGACCCGGAUUUUGGUUCUGCUCUUCAAGUCGCCGUGUUGUGCGAUAACAUGACAGCGGCAGGCAUUCUUCUUGACGCCGGCGCCAACCCUUGGGCUUCCAAUGGUUUCACUGAGCCGCAAACUUCGGCCAUAGAAACGGCCAUUCAGACAGGCAACCGCGACAUGUUCACUCGUAUGUGCGAAAAGACGGUCUUGGGAGACAGUAAAAUUCCGCAACAGCUCCACCGUACUCUUCUAAACCGAACAACUAUCCAUGGUCAGACUGCCAUGGUCGAGGACGUUCUGGGUUGGGCUGACGGCUGGUCGGAAGCUGUCUUGGAGAAUGCCCUUGGGAACGCCGUGUCAGGAUGGCACGUCGACGUGGUUCGGCUUCUUUUGGCCCGUUUCAGAUACUCGCCGCUAUGCAUCAACUUGUCUCUCUGCCGUGCGGCCGACUUCAGGUCGGACCUGCUCAGCCAUCCUCGUGCUGAGUGCAACGGCCUGGACUACGUGAACCAGCAAGAGCUCAUCGGUUGCCUGGUCGGUGCAGGGGCCGACCCAAACAACAACGCUGAAGGGUUGAAUAUCGUCAUUGCAGCGGCAACGUGGGCUGACUUGGUGGGAGCUCUCAAGGCGCUUCUCGAUAAGGGGGCUGAUCCCAACGGACGCGGCCCUGCUGGAGAAACCGCCCUUCACCAUCUGGGGUCGCCGGUGCAUAUUAAAAAGGGUCCCAAGCGCUGCUUGCACGAAACUGGUAUUCGCUUGUUAUUACAACACGGUGCGUCCGUCACGAUUCAGGAUGAGUUUGGCAACACGCCGCUGCACUACGCUGCCUUUGGAUCCAAUAUGCACAUUUUCUCCCUGUAUACCGCCGGCCUGCCAGUUGACAGUCUACAUAACGACGCAUUGAAAUCAAUCAAAAACAAUAGCGGAGAGACGCUUCUUCACUGGGCCGCUGCGGGCAAGAAGAUCGACAUAUUACGCUUUCUAUUAUCGUCAGCCCCGUCAACCGCAACCGAGACUUCUAUGCCAAGUUACUAUAAAGCACUGCAGGCGGCAAGAAUUAUCCUGGACCAUGGAGCCGAUCCCCUUGCGUGCACGGCCGAGGGCUGGACACCGCUGCACUGCUUGUCGCUUUACCUAGACAAUGGCGAUGGCGAUAACAACAAGUUGGCAGAUCUUGCCCAGGAAUUCAUUACGAGGGGUAUACCUGUUGAUGCUCGAGCUACCAUGUUGGCUGUUUCCGCAAACUCUAGUCGCAUAUCACUCCGUGUGCCCAAUCGGGAGGUCGGCAUCUGGGGCUCCCGCGUCGUUGAGCAUCUCCAACCCAACGGCAACAAGCCGCCUGCGACGACCAAAGAUAGAACGCCGUUACACUGGGCCAUGUUUCACGGCGCUGCCGGCUUGGCGAGGGUUCUGUUGGCUAAUGGAGCGGACGUGAAUGCUGUUGAUGAGAGGAAUUGCCUGCCAGCUGAUCUGAUAAACACCUCGCCACUGCUCCAGACGCACCCAGAUAUACGCGCGAGGUUGACACGCAUUUUGGUUGAUGCUACAAAUUCUAGCGUAGAGUACUCACAAAAGGAACAGCAGGCCAUAUAGGAAACAAACAGCUGCCUGGUUGAGAUCAAAACAGUUAUUAAAUCAUGACGUUAUGCAGCUUCUAUAUGUCUAAGUUACAGAUUGCCUCUAUGCGAGUUCGUCGUUACGCGUUACCAUUCAGGCCGGAGUGUCUGGAUCUUCACGGUCUUGCGGGGGAGGAGGAGUGGUAAAGUCGUAUCCUUCGUCCGACAAGAUGAAGUUAAUUUCGUACGGGUUAUUUCCUCCGACUACCGAUGUACCCAUUACUCCACGAGACAGUUCUCCUGGGUUAUGAGGGUUGACUUCGGUGCGGCUUCCACCC